GAAACGACUCUUCCUUUUCCGGUUUGGGCCCGGUCCGCAUCCCGCGACCUUAAAAUGGCGAGUCGGGGUACAAGCUCGGGGAGAUAGAGGGAACGGAUGGGAGACUGAUCUUCCAAGUUCCCUGCGCUUCUGAGUCUUGGGCUCCUCUCUCAGGCGUCACAGGCUCCCGACGCCGCUCCGCAGCAGCGCAGGCGCGGAGAGCUUCUUCCCAGAGGACCCGGAGGCGUGGCGACUCCAGAGUCCAGUGAGGAAGAGGGAAGUGGCGUCCCCGGAGGCCAGAGCCGCGUGAAGUGCCCUUGGGGAGAAGAUCCAUUCAUUGAUUUUGUAACCAAACCUGACAAGGCCUCAGUUGUCAAAGGUGGCACCAGGAGAAUAUCACAAAUAGGAGAAAAACUGUUCCAAGAGCAAAUUAUGAUGAGACAUCUGAAGAUGAAUGCUUGUUCGUACGCACACGUGGAGUCUUCGUGGGAGACUAAGGAGUCUGUGAAAGAGAGCUCUGGUCAGAGUAAGAAAUUCAGCCCACACAUGGACAGUCUUGGUCUUGAGAGUGCUCGCCAGCAGUUCCGGAGUUUCUGUUACCAGGAAGCACCUGGACCCCUUGAGGCUGUCCACCAACUUCAGGAAUUAUGCCAUCAGUGGCUCAAGCCAGAAAUCCUCUCAAAAGAACAGAUCUUGGAACUGCUGGUGCUAGAGCAGUUCCUAAACAUUCUGCCCAGGGAUAUUCAGAACUGGGUACAGAGGUAUCGUCCCCAGAGCAUCAAAGAGGUUGUGGCCCUAGUAGAGCACUUUCAGAGAGAACCUGGUGGAAUAAGUAAUGAGGUCACAGUCCAUGACCUGGGAAAGGAGGCAGUGCUCUUGGGAGGAACAGCAGAGGUCCCAGGCUUUAAGUGGAAGCCAGCAGAGCCCCAAGCAAUGGGUGUGUUCCAGAAAGAAUGUUGGGAUGCAUACCAGGUACUACAAGAACAGCUGGGCUUGAAAACUCACACAGAAACCCAGCCUGUAUAUGAAAGAGCUGUGCCUGCUCAACAGAUUCUAGCUUUUUCUGAGCAGAAAAGCAUCCCAAACUGGAAGAUGGCAACUGAGCUCGUCUUGCCUGAAUCCCAGAGUUUGUUGACAUUUGAAGAUGUGGCUGUGCAUUUUUCCGAAGAAGAAUGGAAAUUACUGGCCCCUACUCAGAUGAUCCUCUACAAUGAAGUAAUGCAGGAAAACUAUGAGACUGUCAUCUCUCUAGGGUUAAAGCUCAAAAAUGACACUGGAAAUGACCCACCUAUGUCUACUUCUCCAUUAGAAAUACAAACAACAGGAUGCAAAGUAUUAAGAAAGGCCAGAAUGAAAGUUGCCCAGAAAACGACAGUCAAAGAAAAUCCUGGUGGUACACAUAAGGUACGGAAACGGCCUCGAGCUUUUCUGGGGAGGAAGAGAAAGAAACUUUCAACUUGUAAACAAGAGCUUCCAAAACAUAUGGAUCUUCAUGGGAAAGGCCAUGCAGGAGAGAAACCUUUUAAAUGUCAGGAAUGUGGAAAAGGCUUCAGAGUUAGCUCUGACCUAAUUAAGCACCAGAGAAUUCACACUGAAGAGAAACCCUAUAAAUGUCAACAGUGUGAUAAGAGGUUUAGAUGGAGUUCAGAUUUAAAUAAGCACUUAAUGGCACACCAGGGAAUAAAACCAUAUAGAUGCUCAUGGUGUGGAAAAAGCUUUAGUCACAACACAAAUCUACACACACACCUAAGAAUUCACACAGGAGAGAAGCCCUUUAAAUGUCAUGAAUGUGGAAAAAGAUUCAUUCAGAACUCGCACCUUAUUAAACACCAAAGAACCCACACAGGUGAGCAGCCUUAUUCCUGUAGCAUAUGUAGGAGAAACUUCAGCAGGCGGUCAAGCCUUCUUAGACACCAAAAGCUCCAUGUGAGAAAGGAAUAAUGUCCAGAAUCUCCAGUCUGAAGAAAGUCACCAUAUGGGGCUUGACUCUAGAGGCAAAAGAAUACAAAAUCAUGAGGCACCUAGGAUUAUGUCAUCAACAGAAAAUUUGAGAGGGGUACAUGUCAUGCUUCACAUAAAGGAAUCUAACUUGUCUCUUAUUCAGUAUUGUAUCUUCAAUGCCCAGCAUAAGACUGAUAACAUAAUGGGUACUUUAUAAAUAUUAUAAAAGAAUGAAAAUAUA